AUGACGAAUGAAGAUGAAGCAAGUAGAGGAUUGUUAAUGGAAGAAAGAGCUUUGCUUGACAAGAGAAGACGAAGAGAGAAGUAUAUUGGUAACAACAACAACAACAAUGGCGAUUCGGUUCGAAUCCAGACAAGCGAAAAUCAAAAGAAAACUCUCAACUUUCUCUUCUUGUCUUUUUGUGUUCACAUUCACAAGGAGAGAGAAAGAUGAGUGGCAUAUUGGUUGAGAAUCGUGGGUUUUUAA